AUGCCCGGUCUCGGUUUUCGCAAUGCUAUAAAUGAAGCGAAGUGGAUAGCGGCUAAUGAAGUACUAGGCAUGUCCUCCAACUGGCGGCUAUUCUGCCGUAUUCUGACCAUACGAUAUGCACUGGCCGCGGCUCUGCUCAGGGUAUCGUGCUGUAUCUCCGAGCUGCUCAAUGCGGAACUGGAGACCGGUAUCUUUGCCAAGCAGACAACUAGCACUCAGACUGAGCAUGGGAGGGUGGAUAGACUUACUGCGUGCUGCAUUUUUUGUUCGGAAAGCCAGCAAGGUCAUUGGAAGUUCAGAGAAGCAAGUUUGCGUUGCAUUUGA